GGAGCCAAGUUAGCUAAACCUUGCGCGCUUGUGGGUGGGGUGAGUGCAGGCGGUGGUUGCUUGCUGCAGUCGGCUUGCGUGGGAGUGAGCUUUGUGGUUGAGAACAUCUGUUUCGUUGCUACAAAGACUGUUGACGUUUGUGGCGUCUGCAGCUGCACCCUGUAAAGGUAGAGAUAGUUGCGCUCAGCAGAGACUACAGACAUCCUUCUUAGGAUUGCUGUAGACUCUGCACCUAGCAGGAGACAUGCCUAGGGGACGGAAGAGUAGGCGCCGUCGCAACGCUAGGGCUGCAGAAGAGAACCGCAAUAAUCGUAAGAUCCAGGCCUCAGAAACCUCUGAGACUCGGGUGGCAGCCUCUGAGGUCCCGAACACCUCCGGGGACGAACUAAACGGCCCUGAGGAAGACCCGACCACUCCGGAGGAGACGUCCACCACUCCUGAGGAAGCCUCAAGCUCUGCUCAAGCUCAAAAGCCCUCCGUAGCCCGGAGCAAUUUUCAGGGAACCAAGAAAAGUCUCCUGAUGUCCAUAUUAGCUCUCAUCUUCAUCAUGGGCAACAGCGCCAAGGAGGCCCUGGUCUGGAAAGUGCUGGGGAAGUUGGGGAUGCAGCCUGGCCGGCAGCACAGCAUCUUUGGAGAUCCAAAGAAGGUCGUCACGGAAGAAUUUGUGCGUAGAGGGUACCUGAUUUAUAAGCCGGUGCCUCGUAGCAGUCCCGUGGAGUAUGAGUUCUUCUGGGGACCUAGAGCACAUGUGGAAUCAAGCAAGCUGAAAGUCAUGCAUUUUGUGGCGAGAGUGCGCAACCGAUGCUCCAAGGACUGGCCGUGUAAUUACGACUGGGAUUCAGACGAUGAUGCAGAAGUUGAGGCUAUCCUCAAUUCAGGUGCAGGGGGUUACUCUGUGCCUUAGGUAAAUUUGGGAAAAACCCUCGGGGGGAUUUGGAAAGAGCAACAAAGGUACCCCAAGGAUUAGAUAACCUGGGUCCCGAGUUGUAAAUGCCUGGGAAGGGGGAUAUUUGAUUGUAUUUGAUAUUUGUGAUAAGUGCUAAUGUUUAACUUGCAAAAAGGAGAGUUUGCUUUGGAUAUUGUAAAAUUUUAUUCGUUUUAAUACAUGAGGUUGAUUAAGGUCACACUAUGUUUAAAAUAUAACUGAAGCAAGAGGGUUUUUUUUUCCUUCAUUGAGAUUUAGUAUAAUAGUAUUGCUAAUGUUAUAAAAUGAAGUCUUACUGUCAUAUUCAGUGAUCUAGUAAUUUAUAUCAUGGAAAUAGGGUGUUAUUUUAAAGUUUGAAAUAUGCAGAAAAGGUAAAAGGACAGGGGAUUUGGUUUGUACUUGGCCUUUCUGAAAGCCAUUGUGUCUGCUGUAGUGUAAGAAGACCGAUAUUUACUUUGAUUUUGCUUAGUUACUACAGAAUAUAGAAAAAAAAUAAAAGCAUAAU